UCGCGUACGAGUCGUCGUCGUCGUUGUCGUCGCUGCACAUUUACAAAUAUAUUUACAAACACUGACUGACUGCAGCGCUGCGCUCGCAUAUGUGUACAUGCACAUGCUCGCCCGUCCGUUGGCUCGUUACUUGGAUACUUUGCUCACGGUGGUGACUCACGUGGCCGUGGCUGUGUGCGUGCCUUUUCAGCUUCGCAUCACGCGUGCAGUUUUGACAUUUACACCGAUCCGCGAGCUCCAGCUCGCCAGUUCUCAGUUUAACUUUGCGAUCUUUUGAAUUUUUCCAAGUGAUUUGUUGUGGUGAUGAUUUUUGUGAUGUUCAUUGACAACGAUAAUAAUUAAGGAUAGCUCAAGAGAUUUUAUGCUCUACGAAAUCGUGUACACAACGAGUGAAAAAACGAACUGACUGUGUUAUUGACAAAUAUACGGCCAAAGAACGCAUUUGGACGAGUGCCUACCCAAUAUCCAACGGAGCAUAAUAGAAUUCCUAGAAGUGAGAAACGCAAGACUAAAGGGUUGCAUUGGUCGCUCAUUCGUUCAUGACUUGACAACCUCUGAUGACAUACCCUUCAAAAUUUUGUUCCGCAUCAAUUGCACACCGUUUGCUGUUUUGUUCAUACUCUCUGCUUUUAGUUCUUAGAAGUGAAAUUGUUACCCUAUGAUCGACUUUUCGGGGUACAAAAACUUACCAAAAAGUCAACCUGCAAGACUCCCCGUGGAGAAGUAACAAAGGCAUCUAAAAUUAGAAGUAGGUACUGAAAUGUAACCCCGCAAAUACGAAGAAUGUUGAAGUUUUGUCGUUAAACAACGCCUACCAUUCACGGAUAAAUAAAUCCAAAAGAUAAUUUACUUACCACUAUACUUAUACUCAUACCCCAUUAAGAAUUAGAAUCAACGAUUGUAAAAGUUGCCUGGUAUCGAUAUUAAACUUAAUUAUUGUUGAAUUAUAAAAUAAAAUCGACGCGACAAUUUUAAAGCGGCAACAGCAAGUUGAAUAAGUAAACAGAUCUUAUCCGACGGCUGCUGCUCAAUUGACGCAUCAAUUUGACGUUUGUAUUAUAUACAUACUCUACUGUAGGCACUUUCGUUGUGCUAAACUUAACUUUCGAACUACCCAGGACUCACAUGUUCGAGCAUUUUUUAUUUUCUAUUUAAAAGCUAAACGAAGCCUCAAGCUCAUUUUCACUUGAGCAAAACGCAGCUGCAACAACGAAGAAUAACUAGAUACUGCGUGCCGAGUUCGAGCUCUGCGCUCGAGCUAACGUAAUCCAAAAUUUCACCAAAACUGUUGGACGAGAUAGAUCCCAAAACGACCAUCCUGAAUCAAAGCGUGCUGGACGUGGUGGACUUAAGCCACGGCAGCGGAGGAUGCAGCAGCAGGCCCGCUGAGGCGGCCGCGCGCGCCACCAACGUCGUACAGCUCGCGCAACACCACCAGGCGCGGCUUACGAACGCGAAGAUGCCGCAGCGCUCGCCCUUUGCCAUCCAGGAAUUGCUGGGCCUCAACGGUGCCGGAAAUCCCAUCGCCAGCACCAAUAACAACAACAACAACAACACCAGCAACAACAACAAUAACAACAACAAUGACAGGGGCUCGCCGCAAAGCUCGCCGCCGGCCGGGGUGUCUGCCGUGUCGUACGCGCCGACGGCACCGCAUCACCACAAGCUCUGGGACUACAUGGCGCCGCUGACGAAUCACCUGGGCAACUUGAGCAACCUCACCGCCUCGAGGAUGGCCUACCUCAAUGCCCAGGCUGCCGUGGCCGCGGCUUUUCUGCCGCCACCUCAUCAUACGCACCCGGCGCAUCAUGCCGCCGCGGCUGCGGCUCAUCACCAGGCGGUGCACCAGGCGGCUGCUGCAGGCCAAUUGAGUGCGCAAAGCCCUGGAGCUCUGGGGGUGCACCAAGCGGCAGCGGCCCAUGCCCAGCACAUGAUGUCGACAGCCGGGGUUGGACCUAAUCAUCAUCAGGGCAGUCCUACGCAACAUGGAUCGCCUCAUGGCUACUCACAAUCGAAAAGCACAUUUUCAAGCCCCAGCCCAGGUAUGGGACACAGUAUCGAGUCGGGCAAAGACUUCACAGUUGACGGUCUAUCGGGGUUCAGCAAAAAGAAAAAGAAGAAGCGUCGACAUAGGACGAUCUUCACGUCUCAGCAGCUGGAGGAGCUGGAGGCGGCUUUCAAAGAAGCACAUUAUCCGGACGUUUACGCGCGAGAAAUGCUCAGUCUCAGAACAGAUCUUCCCGAGGACAGAAUACAGGUUUGGUUUCAAAAUCGUCGAGCAAAAUGGCGCAAAACCGAAAAAUGCUGGGGACGAAGUACCAUAAUGGCGGAAUACGGUCUUUAUGGAGCAAUGGUGAGACACUCGCUACCAUUACCCGAAACCAUUCUUAAAAGUGCUAAGGAAAAUGAGUCGGUAGCACCGUGGCUACUAGCGCAAUCCUCUAAGACAAGUGGCUUUCAAAACGAAAAUAAUCGACGCGAUUCACUUGACUGUGGCUCCUUAGGGAUGCACCGAAAGUCACUCGAAGCUGCUGAGCAUUUGAAAUCUGGUGAUGAAAGUGGCACCGAAAAUCCUGGUGGUUCAAAUUCACCACCACAUAAUCAUCAUCCUGGUGGACCGACUAGCUCAGAAAGUGGUCAAGAGAGUCAAGAUGGCAUGGGUCCCACUUCUUCAUCAGUUCAAGAUACAGAGCAAUUGAGAAACGAAAGUAUUGCUUGUUUGAGAGCAAAAGCUCAACAGCAUCAACUACAAUUAAGCUUACAACCAUCCAGUGGAGCUUCAAAUGCAACAUCCUAUACGGCAGGUCCUCAAACUGGAACUCUUCAUGCAACAGUUUAAAUAAAAUUGAAUAUUUCAAGAUUUAUGCCACUGAAAAUAUCAACAUUUUCUUAGUGAAAUGAGGAUUGGAGGAUGUAGCAAUUAGUAAAUCAUCAUCAACAUUUUAAGCUAAAGCCAAAUACAUUUUUGGGGGCAUCUUCAUCUGAAUCAUUUUCAUUUGAUCAUUGAAGAUGAACGUUAACUGUACUUCAAGUCAACGUAUUUUUUAAAGCAAAAUAUUAAUCAAUUCAGAAUAGUUUGAUUUCGACAAUAUUGUACUGUUUGCCUAUUGAACAAACAGUUGUUUAUGAAACUCUACUUAUUAUUAUGAUUGAUUCAAAAAAAUUUUGCCAAAAACUCAUUCUUACUAUUUUAUCAAUCUCUGACUGAUUAAAGCAAAGUAGUAUAAAGUCUUUAUGAACUUCGAGAAAACUAUUGUUUAGGAAUGAACAAAAAUCUAAGUGAAUCUGAAUUAGUGAAGCGCACAGUAUGAAACCAAACUAUUUCGAAAGCGAUUAAGAGCUUCGAGACCGAAUUCAAGGAGCUUCCAAAAAUAAAUAUAGAUUAUUCAACGAAAAAAAAUGGAAAAAUUCAUGGAAUAUAAAAUCGACAACGUUAUCGAAAAUUAAAAGAGGAAGAACGCUGUAUGCAAUAAUCAGCUUAUGAGAUAAUGAUAAAUUCUUUUGACGUAGUUUCGUCGACUCCAUUACAUUUCUUUUCAAAGCGUUGAAUUUAACAAGGAUCACAUUUUUAUCUACCUUGCUUCUUGGAAGAGCUCAAUAUUU